UGAUGUGGCUAACUUCACUUCCUGCUGAGUGACAACAACAUGUGACGUGGCUGAAGCUGCUGAGCAGAAAGAGGCAGAAACACAGAUUGUUUCACUGAUCUGUUAAAAAACCUUUAAAACCUUAAAACUUGUCAGAUUUGAACUUUAAACUGAAACAAGGAGGAGAAACACUUCCUGUCGCUGGUUCAGUGCAGGGGAGGGCUAGCUGUGAGCUAUCUGUUAGCAUCGAGUCCCUGACAGCUGAGUGAGGAAAAGUUAUGCACUAAGACAUUAAGAUGUCUGACAGUGAAGCUACAGCAGCUGAGGGUCCACAGGUGGCAGCAGAGACUCAGGACGCCUCUCCCACCGAGACGCCCGACGGGUCCUCGCCGACCGCACCUGACGUGGCGACUGACGUGGCUCCGACGAGGAAAGCCAGGAGGAGACCGGAGCCGAAACCUGCAGCUGAAGUUGAGGAGACGCAGAAAGUAGAGGAGCCGCCACCGAAGACUCCCAGUGAGUCGACUGUGUCUCAGGGUGGAUGGGGAUACUGGGGCAGCUGGGGAAAGUCCAUCUUAUCCACAGCAACAUCUACUGUGGCCACUGUGGGUCAGGGCCUCAGUCAGGUGAUCGAGAAGGCUGAGACGUCGCUGGGAAUCCCGAGUCCGACCGAACUGUCAGCGCAGGUGGAGGAAGAAGAGAAACAGCAGACUUCUUCUCCUGAAGGAGACGCCAGCAGUGAGACGGACAAAGCUGUGGGAGGGGCUAUGGGAAUGUUGUCAUCGCUCACCAGCGUCGUCCAGAGCACAGGGAAGACGGUGAUUUCCGGCGGUCUGGACGCUCUGGAGUUCAUCGGGAAGAAAACGAUGGACGUGAUAGCAGAAGGUGACCCCGGCUUCAAGAAGACCAAAGGCCUGAUGAUCCACAACUCCACUCUGUCUCAGGUGUUGAGGGAGGCGAAGGAGCGCGAGGAGCUGCAGACGGCGGAGAGGGAGUCGUCAGAUUCUGAGAAGAAGGUGGUCGCUCACUACGGGAUGCUGUUUGAUGAAUUUCAGGGUCUGUCACACCUCGAGGCUCUGGAGAUUUUGUCGAGGGAGAGCGAGUCUAAGGUGAAGUCGGUGCUGACGACCCUGUCGGGAGACGAGCUGCUGCAGCUCAGGAAAGAGCUGGAAAGCAUCAAGGAGUCUUUCUCCCUCGUCGAGUUUGACGAUGAGGACGUUGACGAGCAGAAAGAUGAGGACGGCUCAGAUUUCGAGGGGGAGUUAACGAAGGCGUUGGAGGGUCUGAGUGUCUCCGCCACAGCCGGCAAACUCAGCAAAGCCUGUAAGAGUGCGUCCAGCCAGAUCAGCGAUAUGAGCCGACCCGAGGAGGAAGGAGAAGCUGGAGAGGAGGUCGUGAAGAAAACAGCUUCUGUAGAGGAGGUGCACGCUGCCGCCAUCAGGAGCCUGGCGGAGCUGACGGCUCGAUCCAUCGAGCUUUUCCACAAACUGGCUGAGAUGAUCCUCUUCUCCAGCGGCGGCACUGAGGCCGGCGUCCUGUCACAGUUAACGGUUGUUCUGUGUAGAGAAAUCUCGCUGCUCUCCAAGAAGUUCACCUCCUGUUUGACAACUGCAGGCUCCAAUGAGAAGAGAGACGUCCUCAACCCGCUGAUAACAGGCGUCUUCUUAGAGGCGUCCAACAGCGCCUCCUACAUCCAGGAUGCGUUCCAGCUCCUCAUGCCCAUCCUGGAGAUUUCUCACAUCCAGAGGACGGCUGACUCCGCGGAGCAGUGACCUCACGAUGUCUCCUCCGCCCUCCAACGCCGCCCCGGCUCCAGGACUCUGUCACAGCCGAUAACUGACACAUCUGGAAAACUUUUAAAAAGUCGCCGUGUCAGUGUUUACUCUGUUUUCCAGCUCAGGACAAAAUCAAUUUCACGCCUGGGAGGAAAAAGUGUGUUCUUGUCAAACAGUGUUAUAGUUUUUGUGCUUUGCAGGUUUAUUUGUGAAGCACGUUACAAGGACUCGUUGCAACACUCGUUGUUGUGGAAGGGAAACAAAAUGUGUUUAUGAUAAACAAGGUUCAACUUAUGGUUCUUUUAUUCCAACGUCUGCACUUUUUUCUGACAGAACCUGUCGUCUGGAUUCUGCCUCAAAGAACAAUCGACUUGUAAAAUGUCCAACAUGAUGGAGACACCACUGGGAAUUUGUUAAAAACAAACAAAGGUGUGUCUGAACUAAAUAAAUAUUAACAGAUGUA